AUGAAUCCUACACACAUUGCUGCCAAUAACACCUCGAGUGUUUGUAUCUCGACGAUCGUGGAGGACGCAGGGUCUAAAAAUCAUACACUUGGGCACUCUCACAGGGCUAAAACCCAUCGUCGUUUUUUAUCCUGGAGUAACUCUACAGAAACCCCCUCGGCCUUGAUCAUCAACAACAUCCCUUCGCGAACAAGAGCCGCUACCAGAUCCGAAUCACAGAAUGAUAAAAGCUUCUCUAACAUCAACUCCGCAUUCACUUAUGGCUCAGAUACAAAUUCUGCAUUGGCUGCCUCCAAACAGCUGCAUUCGUCAUCUACUACUCACCCCGAUAUGCUCACUACUGCUCAUCCUGAUUCUACGAGUGUGGUCGCUUAUCACUCAAAGUUUGCAUUUCCUACUGGCUUUCUCAAAUACGCUCCAGCUAACACAACAGACUCUGGCCAAAAAAUAUCACUAACAUCUCCACACACUUGUUCGUCACGUAGUGUGAGUGGUUCGAGCACGUCCACUUAUGACAGCACUCCUUCCGUGACCUACCUUCGGAGCAUAUCUGUUCCUCAUGGCAUCAGCUCAAAAUCCUAUCACAAUAAAACUAGCACUUUUGUCGACACCUCUACCUCAGACCCAUGCAGAUUUAAACCCCCUAUUUUUAAUUCACCUUUGGAAACCCAAUCUACUUUACGGUCGGCUCACAGUCCUACAAAAUGGUACAUUCUUGAAGAAUCAAGUGGGAUUGAUCUGGAUGCUGCUGCAUUAGUGUGGAAAGGAAGCAUGGAACUGCUUGAAUUUGGACAUAGACGAUUUAAAAUCGAUGUGGCUUCUUUGCCUACUUAUGAAGUGAAGCGACAGGAAGUCAUUCACGAACUAAUCGAAACAGAGAUGAAUUACGUACAAGAUCUAAGCGUCUUGGUCGAGAUUUUUUUGAAAAAUUUGCGUCAAAUGAAUAUUCUUCCCGAGGAUGGAUUGCGAACCAUAUUUUCCAACACUGAACAACUUAUAUUACUUCACCAGGACUUUUUAAAUCAACUAUGCAAUCGGCGUAUUCGCGACUCUGGCGUGGUUCAAGACAUUGGCGAUCUAUUUAUUCGCAUAUACUGUUUAAUGCGUCCAGAGUGUCAGGGAAUGAACCUAGCAUCAUUCUUACUUAAACCUAUUCAACGAAUAUGCAAAUAUCCUCUACUUUUACGGGAAAUUAAAAAAAAUACACCAGAUGAUCAUACAGAUCGCGAUGGUUUAGACAAGGCCAUUUUUCAAAUAACAGGCGUAGUAGAUUUUGUGAAUGAAAAACGAAGAAAGGUUGAACAAGAGCAGAUCAUGAAGCUAACACUAAGUCGCCUUGAAUUCAAUGAUGUGUGGAUUUUACCUACAUUUUCUGAGCGGCGGGUAAUUUGUGAAGGCAUGCUUACAAAAUCAUCAAGUAAACCACUUAAAAUGCGUCCAUCUCUGCGGUUCUGCGUACUUUUUCGUGACUGCUUUGUUGUUGCAAAGCCAUCUCGAUUUUCUGGCGGGAAAUCACAAGUGAGUUCCAUCCACUCAAUAUGGUCUCUAUCCAUCACCAACAUCUCAGACACAGAAAAGUCCAAAAAUGAGUUUAAAAUCUCUAUCAAUAACAAGAAGCAUCAAACGUAUAUCGCAAGCUCUAUAAAGGAAAAACGUAUAUGGAUGGAUGGGUUUCAUCUGGCUUUAGAUGCCUCAUUCAAAGCAGUCUCUCUGGCAGAUAUGAAUGUUAUGACGGAUCAUCUAGCUACUUCCUCCAUGAGUACUGCUUCAGAACUAUUUAAGGAUGACAUGAAACUGCAGAAUAUUGCCAUGUCCGAGAAUAACGUGUCUAGUUCAUCAAAUAGCAUAUAUCAUCAAAAAAAUAUACUGCAUAAUACGAAUCAGUCAAACGAAAGUGACGAAGAUGACUUGAGUUUUCUAGAGCAAGACACUCCAGUGCAAACUCCCUUUAAAAAAGAUGAGCUAGCCAACGCAUUACUUUAUCCGCCAUUAAAGUCAAUAGCUACAGAUAAUUUCAUAAAACCCGAGUCGGCACUUGCUCAAGAUUCCACAAAAAGUUGGCCGGCCCAACCCAAUCAGUCGAGUCCAUCGCCAAGUGCUGCUGCACAAACUAAAAACAUCAAUCGUGUUACUGAACCCAAGUUGCGCUGCUUAGAUGAAACAAAAUCAUCCAACACAUCUACUUUAUCCAUGCCUCAAGCUAGCCAUUAUCACAUAUCUGCAGAACAUAGAUUAAUUGAAUUGAACAUUUUACAAAAAACAGACGUAUCCAAGCAUCAGCCAGUAACAGAUGCAAAUUGCUUGGUUCCUCAUCCACCCAAUACACCUAUUCCGCGUGUUCAAUCGAUUGAAAAUAUAAAGAAUCAUAUUAUGCCUGCAAAAAUGUCAUCACCUAGAUCAGCUCGACAUAUAAAACCAAUGUCACAGAGUCAAUCCACAUGCUCACUGUUACUACUAGAACCAAGUAUACCUCGUACUCGCUCGGAUAUAGCAUUGCCUGGACUUGAAUGUGCUACAAGUAUAUCAAUCCAAAAUGAGAAAGUUGAUGCUGACAACGGUCUAGUUUGCGAUCAUCGACAAUGUGUCAAACCGCUUUGUGAUAUACUUCAAAAUUCAGACAAAUUACUGAUGAAAAACACAGUCAAAUAA